CAAAGACCGGCGCGUUCAUUCACUUGCAACGCGCACCCACUCUCAUCGCUCUUCUUCUUACCGCCUGUAAUGUAUAGUAUUGGUGCGUGCGACGCGAUCUCAGCGCUUUGCCUUUUUGCCUUGCCUUCCGAAGCUCUCGAUCUUGCAUCUUGAUUUUGGUCUUGAAGGUGAUGUACCCGUUCACGCGCCGGGGUCGACGACAGAGAAAGGAAUACGAAUGCCGCCCUCCAUGAACGGCGACCGCAAUGAGGCGUUACAAUUGAACAGGGAUGAGGUCUCAGAGGGAGCUAUUAUUUUACUUUACGAAGUUGUCGAACGCGCACGAACAGCAUCCGAUCUGAGCGCGUUCUCUCGCACGUUGCACGAUGUAUACGAAGAGGUGCUCCGCGAUCACGGCAUCGAGAUCGAGGAUGACAGCGUGCCGCUGCAGAUCAUAGCGCGUUUGGUGAGGGAAGCCAGGGAAGAUGAAGGGCUGGUGCAACGUUUCAAGCGCGUUAUGGGUGAUAUUGGCGUUGAUCUGGAAUACGACGAGGAGGGAGAAGGUUUCGAGUUUACGAGUCAUCUGGAGGGCUUAUCAACAGCAGCUCAAGCACCGACACCUGCUCCCUUGCGGCGGGGAAGUCUGGACUCUUUGUUGGGUGGCAGCGCAGACAAGGUCGCAGGAACCACGGAUGUUGGGCGUCAGUUGGCGGUGCGCUCGAGAAAGUCGAGUGAGGCGACGGGCCACUCGGACAUAGGGUCGUGGUGGCAGAAGCGUAGGUCUCGAUCCGCGGAAGAUUUGGAAUUGCAGGCGCGCCCUCAGCCUCGAGUGUCCCAGCAGAACGGACACAAUUCGGUUGCGCCUGUGAACGAGCCAUUAGUUUCGCGCAGAAGGGGAACUGGACAUGGGCGAGGCAACAGUCUAGGCAUACAAAGAGACGGGAUCACGGGCAUGGCCAAUUUUGGAGAUUCAGACUUGGAUGAUGGCGACCAUACAGGUGAAAGCGCUGAUUAUGAUCACUCGGACAUAUACAUACCGGGAGUUAAUGCACCCAUACCGGACGAGCACCAGAGACUCAACCAUCACUACGAACGCGAACCUUUUCGGCCUUCUGAUACACGUUUGAUGGAUGAUGCAGAAGAGUUCGAGCAGCAGCGCCUGCACUCACUCUUAAGGUCAUGCAUUCGAAGAUGGCGGGAGCGGACCCAGGAGCAAUUUGAACGGAACGAGCAAAUGAUGGCCGCUGCAGUCAGAUAUGACAGUCGUAUUCAGUUCCGGAAUGUAAAGGAAGAUCUUCUAAGGGAAGCUCACAAUCGGCGUGCCCUUCGCGAAACCGACCACUUUUUCAUUCGCCUCGAGGACCGUGCAGCGAGAGCUCGAAACAUUUUCCUGCUCACCAAGGCUUUCACCCACUGGGCAAAGAGUGCCGAGGACGAGGUGCAACGCACUUCAGUUGCGCGUCGCCACAUCCUACGUACACGCUUCUUUAACGGGUGGCGCGAGAUCACUGCAGUCAACGAACUGAAAGUCCAGCAGUUUGUUUUGGCCACGUUCUUGCAGAAAUGGCGCAGACGGACAGCGGAGGUCCGCCAAAGACAAGAGCGAGCCGUGCAGAUGCACGACGAAAAUUUGCAGCGCAAAUACUACAAAGAUUGGUUCUUUAAGUUUUGCGAGAUCGCGGCCCCCGCGUGGCACAACGCACGCCUAGACCCGCGAUUGAAGAGAGCUACAUUUCAACAGUGGCAGGAAGCUGCAGCCAUGUGGACUGAGCGAGAUGCGUGGGCUACCGACCGUCGAGGCCAAUUGGUACAACGCAGAUCGUUGGAAGUCUGGCGACAGAAAACCGCUGUAGUGCGAGCCUUAGAGCCGCAGGCUGAAGAGUUUCGAAGGCGGACACUGCUCAUGAAUGCAUUGGCUACAGUGCAGAGACAUGCCCGCUUUGCCCCUUUGCUCUCCGCAUUCCAUAUUGCGGGCGAUGCACAGCGUCUCCAGUCGACUUUCCAAACAUGGCGCCGCACCGCAGAACUCUCUCGCCGUGCGAGGAAUGCUGACCGACUGCGCAUACUGCGUAAUGGCUGGACCGCCUGGAACGAUCGCUUGCGCAUCAAAGCACUUGAAGAGCGUAUCAAUGACCGUGUACUCAUCGAAAACAUGUACAAAUGGACGCUUGCUUCCCGAGUGUCACUGUUCCAACGUGUCCACGAUCGAACUCUUAAAGAGAAUUGCCUCUUCACAUGGGUCGCGAAAAGAAACCAGAGAGUUGAGAUCAGAAACAAUCGACAGAAUAGACUCGAUGCCGCAGAAGUACGAUUCGCCCAGUUCAAGCGCACUCAACUCUUGCGGGUCUGUCUUCGGAAGAUCGAGGUGCUGACAGCAGAGAAACGCGCCGAAGAAGCCGCGAUGACAGUGCAAUACGAGAUCAAGUUGAAGCAGCGUGUUCUUGAACAGUUGUUGGAUAAACACGCCCACUUUCAGCAGUUGAACAAGUGGGCCGGAGACGCGCAAUUCUACGUCUUGACCACACAUACGCUGAAGAAAUGGAAAGACGCUACGCAGCAUGCGAGGAGAAACAGAAGACGUGAAGCCUAUGCGCAGGUGCGGCGUACAAUCAAGUCGAAUUUAGUGAAAAGGAUAUUAGGUCUAUGGAGGGACAAAGCCCAAAUUAUCGCGGGCCAGCACGAACAAGCUGAUGCGAUGCUAUAUACGCGCGCGACACAGGUUUCACAGACGCUGUUUGCACACUGGCGAGAUCGAACUGCCUUCGAACAGAUGCAGACUGCACAAGCUGAGCAAAACUACGAUAUCAGGAUUCGAGCUCGUUUCUUUGGGUUCUGGAGGAAGCGUCUAGAGGCUCUCGGGAAAAUGACAGCUCAAGCCGUCGACUUCCGUCAGAUUGGCGUCGAGGUCGCAGCGGCCAGUUACCUCAAGAAGCUUGAGUGGGAAGGCUGGGAAAUUCGGUUGCGGAACAGGAGUGCAGCUGCCCUGCAUGAGCGGCAUUUCAGGCAGCAUGUCAGUGCUAUGAUCAAGUUCUGGCAUCAGCAGACCCUUUCCCGUGUUGCUGCUCGCCCUGUCAGUCCAACGCCAACUUCUCGCUCUCGUCACGUACGCCACAAUGUUGAAGAACCGGACUACGAAACCGAGGCCGUAUUUGAGGAUGCUGGACGACUCUUCGACGACAACACAGGCGAUGAAACGCGACGCCUGGAAGGCUGGACUGAGUUUGACCAAUCUGCACUUGACCUCUCCUUCUCCAUCUCACCGCAACACCAUCCGCUACCGCCAUCUCUACCAACAUUCGGAGCACCGCCCUCCUCUGCCAGACCAACACCAGCACGGCCAAAGACAUAUCCCAUACCGAAUGCCACCUUACGCUCCGCUCUCCGUCGCCCAGCACGACCGCCUAUACGAGAAGAUCCCGACUUCGACAAUGACCUUCCAGACGCAACAUCGACGCCCAUGCCACCCCACUUGCGAGCUGGGUAUUUAAAGACGCCGAGCAAGCGCUCUGUGAUACAACACAAGCGGUCUGAGAUCCAGACCAGUCCCCAGAAAAGACUGGGCGCCAUGAGUGCCCCGCCUGCUGCGGGUAUGAGAGACGUUCCUGGUGCAGGACUUGGUGGUGUGCGGAGUUUUGGGGGGAUGCUCAGAGACAGUGGAUUUGGACGAGGUGCGAAAGGCAAAGGGAGAGUUGGGUUUGGAGAGGUAAGCAAUAUCGAGUGAAGCCUUUUGGCGUAGGCCUGUACUCAAUGUUGGAUGUUUGGGCUGAUAUUGGUUUUGGUCUUGCGAGAUACCCUAUUCAUGACCAUGCAUUCGAUUCAUUGAACUUAUCCAGGAAAUGAUUUGUCCUGGAUUGCUUUGCC